AUGGAACUCGUAGGCUUUAGUUUUGCAAAGUUACCAUUUCAUCGCUUCGUUAUUUCAAUUGCGAUUGCAUUGUGCUUUGUUCAAGUCUCCUCGGCAUCAAAUGAAACUGACAUAUCCGCAUUGCUUGCAUUCAAAGCUGGGAUAACUGAGGACCCUCUCGGGGUGCUUAGCUCCUGGAACAACACAGUCAACCUUUGCCAAUGGUACGGUGUUACAUGCAGUCGCCGGCACCAUAACAGAGUCACCGUGUUGGACCUCAAUUCCCAAAAAAUCUCUGGGUCCAUCUCCCCUCACAUUGGCAAUCUCAGCUUUUUAAAGGAAUUGUCUCUCUAUAAUAAUAGCUUUUGCCACGAAAUCCCUCCUCAAAUCGGGCAGCUGCACCGUCUUCGUCUCUUACAGCUACACAAUAAUUCAUUGGCUGGUGAAAUUCUCAAGAAUAUAUCAGGUUGCUUUAACCUCCGUCGUGUCAGAUUGUCUGGAAACCAAUUAAGUGGAAAAGUUCCUCCAGAGAUACGUUCUUUGGUGAAGCUGCAGAGUCUUCGUUUAACACGAAACUAUCUAACGGGAAGCAUCCCUUCUUCCAUUGGGAACUUAUCAUCGUUGGAGGAUCUUCAUCUUCGAGAAAAUUACUUAGGCGGGAGUCUUCCUCAGGCUCUAGGCCAACUGACCAAACUAACAACACUUGCUUCGGGAGGAAACCGGUUGUCAGGUACUGUUCCGCCUUGCCUCUACAACUUAUCUUCAUUGGUAACAAUUGACCUAGGAACUAACCAAAUCCACGGAAGUCUUCCCUCUACAAUGGGCUUCGGUCUCCCCAACUUGGAAUUUUUCAGCAUCUACGGUAACCAGUUUGUUGGAUCAAUCCCUCUAUCGACACCUAGUAAUGCCACAAACCUAAACACACUUCAAUUGGGACACAACAAACUCUCGGGGAACGUACCUUCUUUAGAAAGUUUGCGAAACCUUCAACGGGUGAGCACUGACGCUAACCACCUUGGAAGUGGGGGAUCUGGUGACUUGAGCUUCCUUUGCUCAUUGACCAAUGCCACUAGCUUAACCUACUUGAGUAUUGUAGAUAACAUAUUCGGUGGGCGGUUGCCGGAAUGCAUUGGUAAUUUCUCCAUUACUAUCACAGUAUUGGCAUUGGGCAUAAAUCCUAUUAUUGGUGAGAUUCCUAGAGCAAUCAGCAAUCUUGUGAACUUGGAAGUCUUAUGGAUGAGUCACAAUAUUCUUUCAGGUGUUAUCCCGUUUGAGGUGGGAAAUCUUCAGAAUCUAACAUAUCUGAGUCUCUCUAAUAACAAUCUAUCAGGUGUAAUUCCAUCCUCUUUGCAAAACAAGAAAUUGAUCAGAUUAUAUCUUGAAGGGAAUCGCCUACACGGGCACAUUCCUUCACAAAUAGAUAAGUGUCAAAGUCUGAUGGAGCUGGAUCUUUCUAACAAUAAUCUCAUUGGUUCCAUAUUCCCAGUAGUUAAAACUCUCAUCUAUUUGAACUUGUCUCAUAACCAUUUGAAUGGGGCCAUCCCAGUGGAAGUAGGACAAAUGGACCAUUUAAAUACUUUGGACAUUUCAUGCAAUAUGUUCGGUGGUGAAAUUCCGAGCACUCUAGUCAAUUGCGAUGGACUGGGAGCACUAGUAAUGAAGGAUAACCACUUCCAAGGAUCCAUUCCUCAAUCAAUUAGCUCAUUAAGAAGCAUUGAGUGA